AUGGGAAGCAAAAACUCAUCAUCCUCAACUAUUGUCAGAAACGUGCGCGAGAUUCUGAGGGAGCCCAAGCAACUCAAGACCAUACAACACAUUGCCCUGCGCGGCGUACCACAAAUAAAGUACCUGGAAAGCAGCUUCUUCGAAAACGACCUCGCGCCACACGAGACAGAAGCAUUGAAGAAAUGGGUUUCCGAGGUGCAAAUCCCGGAAAGCAACCUCGCCCUUACACCACAAAACGAAGACGAAUGCAACUCACCAUCAGUGACCCGCGCCGUCGUCGCCGUGCUCUCGCGUCUCUCUGAUCUCAAGACUCUCGAGGUCCACACCUUCGACCGAACCGCCGGGGACGAGGAAGACCAGCUGCACCCCGGCUUCGGGGGCGCGCUGGAGACGGCAAGGAUACUGGUUCCCCGCCCCGAGGACGACCCUGAGGACGAGAUGGACUACUACGUCUACCCCUCGUCCCUCCUGCCCCUGUUCGGCCUGCCGAGAGUCCGGCGCAUCGAGGCCCACCGCGUCGACGACGGCGGCGCGUCCAUCCCGGCGGCGACCCUGGGUGUCACCUGCCCGACGCUGAGGGAGCUGCGCCUGUUUCGGCGCCAGCUCACGGAGGAGACCCUCGGCCUUGUGUUGGGGGCUGCCCCCAACCUCACGACGCUCCACUGCGACCUCGUCCUGGACGCAGAGCAUGUGAGCGGCUGGUUUGAUCUUGGCAAGGUCCGGGCCUCCCUUGAUGGCCUUAAGGGCUCGCUCGAGGACUUGUCCCUCGCGUUGAACCCCUGGUCGUCCACUGCCAUCGACUGCGGCGAGAAGGGCCCGUGGGGUAUCCGCGGAUCGCUGGGGCCGCUCAAGGACUUCGACCGCCUGACGCGGCUGUCUGUGUCACUGCCUGUCUUGCUCGGGUGGCACGUCCAAGGCUCGGGCAAGCUCGCUGACGUGUUGCCAGCCGGCAUCCGGUCCUUGACAAUCACGAAUGAAAUGUUCUUCUGGUGGCACUAUGAAUGGGAUGGUGUUGAUUGGGAUAAGGAAUGUGGUGAAUACGGCAUUCCGCGAUGGCGAUGGAUCGAGGAAAAGAUUAUGGAGUACCUGGCAGGCCGGCCGGGGAGUCUUGAAGAGUUGGUCCUGGACAUUUCAACUGCUGCUGAGGCAGAAAGAGGUGCGCAGCUUAGAGAUACUCUGGUGUCAAAGGGCCAAGACGUAGGGGUCAAAGUAGCUGUCCAUUUGAAGAAAUCAUCAUGA